UCCAUGGUGAUAUUGCCAGGUAACAAAAUUUAAUGUUCACAAGAUGGCCGCUGUAUCUCUUCUUUCUAAAACGCCACCAAAGGAGAAGACAGUACCAUCCCUGCCACCAAUAAUCAACAAUAAAGGCAGGAAAGUAUCCGCAGAUAGCGCCAAAAGUGAUGGAAAGAAUCCUUUUACUAUGCCACCAGACUAUGAGUUGUUCACACUGAGAGAAAGGGAGAGAAAUCUUCAAAGAGAAGAGAGAGCAAUAGAGAGGAAGCUUCCAGUCCAUGAGAAGCCAACUUAUGCCAGUCGCAUGAAUAAGAAACUUGCUGCAGUUCGACAGGCAGCCAUGACUCCUGAAAGCUCCAGUACUGAUAUUAAAGGGUUUGAUCAAGCUUCCCGUAUACAUGAGAACACACAGUUUGUCCUGGCAACAACAAGAGAGCGACGGGUUGAGAAAGAAGACCUCAACAACUACUUGAAUAAAAAGAGAGAGAUGUUUCUGAUGCAGUACUCAUUAGGAGUCAAAAGAGAUGAAAUACAAAAACUCGAAGACAUUGCUAAGACUGAAGAGAGGAAGAUUGAAGCAGCAGAGCAGUACCUAGAACAGAGUGCCGCAAUGUUUGAUGAAUUCUUAAAAGAGAAUGACAAAAAUUCUGUAGAGGCAAUCAAAAUGGCUGAGGCUGCAACGAAAGCUAAACUCGAGAAAGUGGCAGAGAUUAAGCGACUGAACUCACAAGUGAUGGCAAUCAAAAGUGAGAUAUCAAGGAAUGAUGAUCAUUUGAAUGAACUCAAGACUUAUAGACAAUUCUUAAAUGAAUUAGCCCCUCAGGAAUGGCAUGAAGUUAGGAAACGAAGAUUGGAAGAAAUGAAAAGGGCAAGUGAUGCUACAGAAAAUGAGACACUUGAUGAAGAGGUAUACUUUGACAAUCCUGCACAACUAUUGGAAAUCUUUACAGAAUUAGAAGAGCAGAAUCUCUCGCUUAUUCAGAACAGCCAAGAAACAGAGGAGACGCUGGAUGAGAUAAAACACUCACGUAGAUCAACGCAAGAUAGAAUGAAUUAUGAAGUUCAAGUAUUAAGAUUCCAAAUCUCUGAGUUGGAAAAGAUGAUUGAAAAAGAAGAAGCGAAAUCGCUUGAGCUGGAAACAAAAGCAAAAUUAUUUUCAUUUGGAGAGUACAAGGCUGAGGAUCAGGAAGCAAUGCUGUCAACUUUGGACAAGAAAGUGGCAGAUGUUUACAAUAAAUGCAUAGGAGGGAAUGAAGCUGCAGUAAGUACUCUCCAAAUGCUUACUGCUAUUGAGGGUCGUAUGGAAGAACUCUUUGAAGAGCUGGAGACCCUCCCCGUCGAAAAAGUCGAGAGUGCAGAGAAAGCUAAAGAGAAGGAGAGGCGAUUGAGGAUGAGGGAACAGAAAUUACAAGAGCAAAGGCUGCACCAAGAAGAGAGAUUGAAGAGAGCUUUAGAAAGAGCUCAAGCUGACCCUAAAAGAACCACUGGAAGGAGACUGGUAUAUCGUUCAGAGCCGCCUGUACUGAAGCAUCAGCAGAAACACAUUGAUGACCAGAGAGAGAAAGAAGAAGAGGAAAUGCAAUAUUUCUUCACUUAGGAGUCUAAAUAUUUUAACUCAAUUAAUUUGUGUAUAAAAUAGAAUUAUAAAUUUAAUAGUAAUUACAAUUACUCCCUUCAAACUUACUAUACAAUGGA